AUGGCUCAUGAUUCUACUGGCACACUAAGAAAAAACCGAAUCGAAAAAUGCCCAUUUACAAAUCCUGCUAAGUUUAUGAAAUUACCUAGGGGAUCUGAAGAACAUUUUUGUGAUGCUGAAUCAGGGAUAAUUGCAGCACGCUGGCAAGAUAAUGGCAUUGUUACCAUUGCAUCAUCUGAGUAUGGAGUAUCACCAGUAGUGAAGGCUGAACGCUAUGUUGCUUCUCAGAAGAUACGUGCUGCUGCUACUGAAUGGCUACAGAAUCACGGCAAAAAGCCAAGUAAUCUAGGAAGAUCACGAUCAGUUCUCAGUGUUGCAGGUGUAUCUCCACAAAUGCGCUAUGAUAAUGUAGGCUACAACGAGGGGAUUGGCUCGAUGCUUGAUGCGCGUGAUGAUGAUCACUUGAUGCACCCACAACAAGCUUGCUGCCCCAUAGCAGCCACAACGAGUUUAUUGCGUCGAUGCACCUACAACGAAGGGAUUGACGCGACAGCCUCAAGGAUAUGUUUGCCUCGAUAUAACCACAACGAGAAGGUUGACUCGAUGCAGCCACGACGAGAUUAA